AAAACUGUGAUUAUAAACUAUGCUUUCUUAAAUCUUGAAACCAUUUACUAAAGCGUAAUUACGAUACAACAGAGACGUUGUUUUUAUAAAUUUUAAUUGCUGCAGUUUAUAAAACGACAACUGAAUGCUAUUAUAGUAUAUUUAGUAGUUAAUUUUUAUUAGCAAAUUAAUCGCCAAUUGUUAAGCAACUGGUGUUUUAUUCGUAGUGUGCAACAGAAACAAGCAAAUCAAAUAUACUGGGACAGUAGUUCACUUGGGAAUAAAUCACCUGUGUACUUAAUAGGCACAUGCAACAAUUAGAAUUUUAUUAAAUAAAAAGUUAUUGGAAGUAUAUAAAUUAAUAGAAAACCAAAAAAAUUGUAAAAAUGACAGUGGAAUUAAAUGUUUUUGGUGCAUGGGAUUACGUCGUGUUGGUGUUAGUUCUUCUCAUCUCGGCAUCCAUAGGAGUUUACUACAGAUUAACAGGUGGAAGGCAAAAAACAAACAGGGAAUACCUAUUGGCAGAUGGAAGUAUGGCUAUCACCCCAGUAGCGAUUUCUUUAAUGGCUUCUUUUAUGUCUGCCAUAACCCUUUUAGGAGUGGCCAGUGAAAAUUACACUUACGGUGCACAAUUUGUAGUUAUAAACAUAUCCUACGGGAUUUUUACUGCUCUUGCAGCGUACAUGUACUUGCCAGUAUUUUUUAGACUUCAAGCAACUAGCGCUUAUGAGUACUUAGAAAAACGAUUUGGAAAAACAGCAAGAUUAUCAGCAUCUAUAUGUUAUACUUUACAAAUGGUUAUAUAUAUGGGUAUUGUUCUUUAUGCUCCAGCUCUUGCUUUGGAAGCAUUGACUGGGAUUAGUAUCACCGCUGCGAUCUUAUCAGUUGGCAUAGUUUGCACAUUUUAUUCGUCAAUUGGAGGUAUGAAAGCGGUGCUAAUGACCGAUGUGUUUCAAUCGAUUCUAAUGUUUGUUGCUGUUUUUAAUGUUAUUAUCGGAGAAUGGGUGAGAACUGGGAGCCUUGGAGAAAUUUGGAGGAGGGCGGUAGAAGGUGGAAGAAUCAACAUGUGGAAUUUUAAUCCAGAUCCUACGGUUCGACAUACGUGGUUUUCAUUAAUUAUAGGUGGCGGUGUAACGUUCCUUAGCCUUUACGGUGUAAACCAAACUCAGAUACAAAGAUAUUUAACACUAAAAAGUUUAAAUAGAGCUCAAAAAGCCUUGUGGCUUAAUUGGCCAAUUCUGACGGCCCUUAGUUUGUCUACUUCUUUCGCUGGCCUCUGUAUUUAUUCUAGAUAUUACAAUUGCGAUCCCGUAACUGCUGGUUACCUGUCACGUUCAGAUCAGUUAAUGCCUUACUAUGUCGUGGAGACAAUGGGUACAGUUCCUGGAAUUAGUGGUCUUUUUGUGGCCGGUAUUUUCAGUGCUUCAUUAUCCACCAUAUCAGCGGGGGUUAACAGCUUAGCUGCGAUUACGGUGGAAGACUAUUGGAAGCCGAUACAUUUAAAAUUGUAUGGUAAACCCCUUUCAGAGAAAAAAUCAGCCGUUUUAACAAAAGUAUUGGCGGUGGUUGCUGGGGGUUUGUUUAUAGUAUUGGCAUUCGUUGCACAGUAUAUGGGGAAUUUGUUACAAGCGGCAUUGACGAUUUUUGGGGUAGUUGGUGGACCCCUGUUAGGUCUGUUUUCUUUAGGGAUGUUUACUACGCAUGCCAACGAACCAGGUGCUGUAGUGGGGCUUGUGACAGGCUUAGGUGUGGCCCUGUGGUCCGGGUUUGGAACUCCAAGACCUACUCCUGAAAGACUGCCGGUGUCCAUAGAAGGUUGUGUAAAUGCAACUACCUUCUUAACAACAAGUUCUCAACCAACUCUUCACAUAGCUCGCAACAGUGGAAAUAGUGAUUACUUCUGGUUGUACAGAAUCUCGUACCUUUACAAUGGCGUUGUGGGUCUCAUAGCUACCAUGGUAGUCGGUAUUUUUGUUAGUUAUAUCAUUUAUUGUGUUCGCGGGAGGAAGGAAGUCCAGAUGGAUCCGAAUCUUUUUGUUCCUCCUUUGGCAAGGAGGCUGGAGAAACGCUGGGGAACAUUGCAAAAUAGCUCGGAAGUGGUCUCUGCAUCUGCCGAGAAGUUAACCGAAGUUGGUUAUGAGAAAACAAAAGAAACUUGUCCUCCAUGAUUUUUUAUAUGCAUUGAUGGAUGGAUAGACUAAACGUUUUGAUCUGGUUUCGCUAAUGUUACGGCUUAAAAAAAGUUUAAAAGAACUAUUUUAUUUAUUGACUAAAGAGUAUUUCAAAUAAUAGAGACAUAUUGGAAUUUUCUUAUUAACUUUACGAAACUGAAAUUACAGUUAUAAAUUUUUUAUUUUUCAAAGUUUCGUCUCUCUAAACGUAAUCCUACUUCAGGACUGCUGUAAGUUUACGUAUUUUCACACUAUGUACAGGCCUGACGCUGGAAGCUGGCGGAAAUUUUAAAAUGGCGUGGAUGCGCGGUGGCAAAAGUAGGCAGUUUU